AUGGUAAGAUAUUUACUACCUAUAUUUAAUGAUACACCUGAAGAAAAUUCUGAAGAUUUUAUUAGAGAUUUAAAAAGAUAUACAAUAGCUAGUCAAAUUAAUAUAGUACCUGGAGCAGGACAGGCUGGUGGAAGAGCAAAAUUGGAUAGUUUAUAUAAAUUAUACUUAACUGUAUUAAAUAAUGGAGGAUUAAUUGAUAUUAAUGCUAAUCAAUUUUGUGAAAAAGCUUUAGUAGUUCGAAAUAAUGCUGGUGGAGAUAAUACAAUUAUAGAAGCUAAUAUAAUUCCUGCUGAAGUUUGGGAUAAAAAUUGA